GAGCAGCUUGACUCGUAACGCCCAUGCAUCCCUUUGGUGGUACAACGAUAUGUCCUCGCUGCGAAAAGGCGGUAUAUGCUGCUGAGCAGGUCAUGGGCCCCGGCCGGAAGGCGAGUCUGUUCUCCCCCGCCUACCCCGCUCCUUGUCUGAAAUGCUCGACUUGUAAUAAACGAUUGGAUUCGUAUACUUUGUUGGAGCACGAUCAAGAGCCUUACUGGUAUGAAUUCGUAACUUUUGGCACUCGGGACUUACGGCAGGCCAACCUCCCCUAUGCUGCGCCUCCAUCUCCAACACGUGCCAACACCGAUACCAAGGAUUCGGAAGAGCAAGCCGAAGAAGAGAAGGACACGCUCAAUGACCUGACUCCGUCUCCAACCAAAGACGCGGCAACCCUCCAACGGAGUAAUACCCUCGAUGCGAUAGGCCGCACUGCAAAGCCACUCAUCCAGACCUCGACCGGCACCCGGUAUGGCGCCGCGUUGGGAAUGGUUUCUCCGCAGACCACGGGCAGGAAAUGGGGAGGGGCUUCGACGACGCCGAGGUGUCCCAAGUGUAAUGGGCUUGUUUAUUUUGCUGAGCAGGUGAAGGCGGUGGGUAAGACGUACCACAAAGCUUGCCUGCGAUGCAUGGAGUGUAAUACCCUUUUGGACUCUACGCGCUUACGGGACCAUGACGGGACACCGCUUUGUGGAAGGUGUUAUAGCAAGUUACACGGUCCGCAAGGUAGUGGGUACGCGUUGCUUGGAAAGGCUGGAGGGUGAAUUUGAAGGCUCUGUCUAGUGUAUUAUCAACCGACAUCGCUAAUCCUUGCUUUUGUAUCCUAACUUAUUUCUUGUAUCUAACCUGGACGUACUAUGAAUACUUUUUGGA